UAAAAGUGAAAGUGUAAAUGACCAGACAUUUUCGGUAAACGGAAAUAUUUACUUGCUUAUGUAAAAGUGAUAAGAUUUCGGAGGGGCGGGGGGGGGGUCGAAAUUUUUCGAGAUGGAUAAUCGUAAACAUGAAGAUGAAGACCUGCCCGGAGAUACAUUUCCACACAGACGAAACCCAGCAGAACCCAGCAGUGUGUCUGUAAAGAGUCAUCAGUCAAUGGAUCCUCCAAAUACGUUCAGAUCAAACCCAGCAGAACCCAGCAGUGUGUCUGUAAAGAGUCAUCAGUCAAUGGAUCCUCCAAAUACGUUCAGAUCAAACCCAGCAGAACCCAGCAGUGUGUCUGUAAAGAGUCAUCAGUCAAUGGAUCCUCCAAAUACGUUCAGAUCAAACCCUGCAGAGCCCAGCGGUGUUUCUAUGAAGACAGGGCAGAGAACCAGAAAACACUGGAACAGCCAUGUCAAAAUCUACAAGUCAUUCAAAACAAACAUGCUGAAGAAAUGUCAGUGUCUGUCUGAGGCAACAGUAAUGCAGGGAAACACAACACUGCUGAAUGAGAUCUACACAGAGCUCUACAUCACAGAGGGAGACAGUGGAGAGGUCAAUACUGAACAUGAGGUGAGACAGAUUGAGGCACAAUCCAGGAGUACAGCACCAAAGGACACAGCAAUCAAAUGUAGAGACAUCUUUAUACCUUUACCUGGACAACACAAACCCAUCAGAACGAUGCUGAUGAAGGGAGUCGCUGGCAUUGGAAAAACAGUCUCUGUGCAGAAGUUCAUUGUGGACUGGGCUGAAGGGAAGGAGAAUCAGGACAUCCAGUUCAUAUUUCCUCUUCCUUUCAGAGAGAUCAACCUGAUGAAGGACAAAAUACUCAGUCUUGCAGAUCUUCUUCAUCUGUUUUUCCCAGAAACCAAAGAAAUGGAGAUACCCAUUGACAGAUAUAAAGUGUUGUUCAUCUUUGAUGGUCUGGAUGAGUGUCGUCUGUCUCUGGACUUUAAGAGUAAUGUGAGACUGCAUAAUGUCUCUGAAUCCGCCUCAAUGGAUGUGUUGCUGAUGAACCUCAUUGCAGGGAAUCUGCUUCUCUCUGCUCUCAUCUGGAUCACCUCCAGACCAGCAGCAGCAGAUCUCAUUCCCUCUGAGUUUGUCCAUCGAUUGACAGAGGUACGAGGCUUUAAUGACCCUCAGAAAGAGGAAUACUUCAGGAAGAAGAUCAGAGAUCAGAGUCUGGCUAACAAAAUCAUCUCACACCUGAAGUCCACCAGGAGUCUCUUCAUCAUGUGCCACAUCCCAGUGUUCUGCUGGAUCUCAGCAAGUGUUUUGGAACAGAUGAUGAGAUCACGUAAAGGAGAGAUUCCCAGGACUCUCACUGAAAUGUACACGCAGUUCUUGAUCAUUCAGACCAACAUCAAACAUAAGAAGCACUAUGAGAAGACUGUGGAGGACGAAGAGAUAAUCCUCAAACUGGGGAAACUGGCCUUUCUGCAGCUUGUGAAAGGCAACCUGAUCUUCUAUGAGGAGGACCUGAGAGAGUGUGGCAUUGAUGUGGCAGAAGCCUCGGUUUACUCAGGACUGUGCACUCAGAUCUUCAGAGAGGAGCUGGGCUGGUAUCAGGGAAGAGUUUUCUGCUUUGUUCAUCUCAGCAUUCAGGAGCAUCUCGCAGCUCUACAUGUGCUGCUUUCAUUCUCGCUGUACAAGAGGGAUGUGCUUAAUGAAAACCUCAGAUCAACACAUGCACGUAAAUUCACAUGUCACACAAUAUCUGACCUGCACCAGAGAGCCGUGGACAAAGCUCUGCAGAGUAAAAAUGGACAUCUGGACCUUUUCCUCAGAUUUCUUCUGGGUCUUUCACUAGAGUCCAAUCAGAUGCUCCUGAAAGGUCUUCUGACAAAUCUUGGAAACAUCUCAUUCAGUGAAGAGAAAUCAACAGAGUACAUUAAAACAAGAAUAAGAAUGAAUCCCUCACCGGAAAAAUCCAUCAAUCUGUUCCACUGUUUAAAUGAACUCGGUGAUCCUUCUCUUGUGAAGGAAGUCCAGCAGUAUGUUAGAUCUGGAUGUCUUUUAAACACCAGAUUGUCCUCCUCGCAGUGGUCUGCUGUUGUUUUUGUUUUGGUGAACUCUGAGCAGCUGGAUUCUUUUGAUUUGAGCAAAUAUAUAAGCAGAGAAAAACAUGAAAACGUCAUGACACCUGAUGAAGUUCUUCAGAAGCUCGUGCCCGUAGUUGAAGCCUCUAGAUCGGCUAGGUUAAGUAAGUGUGACAUCUCAGAUGAAGGUUGUGCUGUUUUGUCUUCAGCUUUGAGUUCACACUCCUCAAAUCUCAGAGAACUGAAUCUGACUGAGAUUUAUGUAGGAGAUUCGAGAGUGAAGCUGCUCUUUGCUGCGCUGAAGGAUCCUCACUGUAAACUGGAGAAACUGAUGUUGUUUAACUGUGGCAUCUCAAAUGAAGGUUCUGCUGAUUUGGCAUCAGCUCUGAGAUCAAACUUAAACCUCAGAGAACUGGAUUUGUCUGGGAAUAAACUCAGAGAUUCAGGAGUGAAGCUGCUCUCUGAUGGACUGAAGGACUGUAAACUGGAGAUACUGAGGUUGUGUUAUUGUGGCAUCUCAGACGAAGGUUGUGCUGCUUUGGCUUUAGCUCUGAGAUCAGCCUCCUCAAACCUCAGAGAACUGGAUCUGAUUGGGAAUAGACUCGGAGAUUCAGGAGUGAAGCUGCUGUCUGCUGGCCUGAAGAAUCCUCACUGUAAACUUGAGGCAUUGAGGUUGAAGAAUUGUGGCAUCACAAAUAAAGGUUGUGAUGCUUUGGCUUCAGCUCUGAGAUCAGUCUCCACCGCAAAUCUCAGAGAACUGGAUCUGUGUGACAACAGACUCCGAGAUUCAGGAGUGAGGCUGCUCUCUGCUAGACUAGAGGAUCCUCACUGUAAACUAGAGAAACUGAGGUUGUGCAAUUGUGAAAUCGAAGAUUGUGCCGAUUUGGCUUCAACUCUGAAAUUAAAUUCCUCAAACCUCAGAGAACUGGAUCUAACUGGGAAUAAACUUGGAGAUUCAGGAGUGAAGCUGCUGUCUGAUGGACUGAAGGAUGCUCACUGCAAACUGGAGAAACUGAGGUUGAUUAAGUGUGGCAUCACGGAUGAAGGUUGUACUGCUUUGGCUUCAGCUCUGAGAUCACCCUCCUCAAACCUCAGAGAACUGGAUCUGACUGGGAAUAAUGUAGGAGAUUCAGGAGGGAAGCUGCUCUCUGAUGUAAAAGAUGAUCCUAAUUGUAAACUGGAGACACUGUGUACCUACAACUAAUAAAGGAUGGUGGUUAUGGAGUCACUGCAGACUGUAUUCAACAGAACUGAAGACUCAGUGCUGGAGACAAAAAAAAAGACUCUGGAUUAUAUGGAUAUUUGCCUAAUAACAGCAUUAAUGAACUGCUUUUUUAAUCAUCAACUCACAUAAGGGUUACAGGUUUGCUCUUGAUAUUGGUGGGGACCUAUAAAUCCUUCACCAAACCCCAUCACCCCCAUCCCAAAAUCACUUUACAUUAAUACUAACACUGCUAAUCAAUUUACUGGAAUCGUUCAUUCUUAAUACAAUCAGUUAAAUGAAGAAAUAGUGUAAUGUUAAAGCAAUGUUUAAUAACUCACACAGAGAGAGUGUAAUGAAGACCUCCAUGUAUAUUAGCCAUAGUGCAAAUGAAACAGGUCUCAUCUAUAGUAUCAGCAUUAAUAAAAAUAAAUGAAGAACAGGCUGUAGUUUUACUUUACACCUCUGAUGUCAGAUAUUGAAUAACCAAAAAGAUAAAAACUUUGUUGCUUUACACGUGAGAGGAUUCUGGACAGUGUUGAUUAAUUCAUCUUUCCUUCAGUGUGAAUAAUAAUAAUAAUAAUAAUAAUAAACCAAUAAAUGGUUGCAUUAUGAAGAGUGGCAUGAUUCAGUUUAGGUCAUAAUUUCUCAAGAUGAAAUUCAUUCAUUCAUAGUUUCAUCCUUUACCAUGUUACAUUGACAUAUUUUACUAGCUAGUCUGAUUGAUACAUUUCAUCCUAACAAACAAGUCAGACUUAUAUUGUAAAUGUGAUGUACAGGAAACGUACAGUAUUAUAAAUCCAUGUAUGUUGUAUAAUAUUAAACAAAAUCCAUUUGUGUAUAAAUUAUUUUUUUUUAAAUACAUUUCUUUAAAUCAUUUAUUUCAAUUACAAUGUGCACUAUUUUGUAAACCUAAAUAUAAAGAAAUCUAUGUAUUAUGUUACAAAUAAAACUUCUUAUAACACA